UGAAAGAAAAUGGUUGUGCGUCAAUGGGAGUGUUGUUUUACUGAUAAAAAAGACAACACUAGAGGAUUGUGAUUGUGCAAGCAACGCAUAACUACCAGCUUUACGCCUGCCUUGAUUAAACGAUAUAACUUAUUGUAAAAUUUAAAAAGAGAUUAAAUUUUAACAAAAGUGAGAUUAGUUGUAUAGUUGUUCUUUUGUGUAUUUUUCGAUACUUGAACCGUACACUUCUCGCUUGAUUUUUAAAUACUUGUAGAAAUUUUUAUCGCACAAGGAAUUGGAAAGAAUUAUCUUAUUUUACAGUACAGGAUUAAAGGAGACGAGCGAAGGUAUUUUGUAACAUUAGGUCGUCCCAUUGGGUAUGUUUAGUAAUGUCGUCCGCGAAUAGCAUAGAAUCGUUAGGAUCAUUGCAAUGGGAUAUGAUCGAAUUAGCCAGUCAUUUGCGACAAGAGCGAUUAUUUGUCAACUCGGAGCAGCAAAAUUUGCAAUUACUAAACGAAAAAGUGUUAUACGCUUCGUCGAAUUUGGCUCAGCAAGCAUGGAUUACAACCCAGCAAAGAGUAAAUCUAAAUCGUCUGAUAAUGUCUAGACCAGAUUGUACACCGGCAUCGUGUUGUCAGAGAGCAAAUACAUUGGAAAAUUCACAUUUUAUCGACGUUUACAAGUAUCUGCGCUAUCAAGCUUGUUUAUCCUAUGGGGAAUUCUUAGGCGCGCUUAGAAAAUCGCCUAAGCUACUCGCACUAUGUUUAGUCGAGGGGGACAAAUUAGUGCCAGAUUUGGUGCAGAGUAUCGUGCAAUCGUUGGCAGCAGGUUUAUAUGGCAGUUGUUUAUUGCCAGAGGACAAAAUUUUGGUUUUAAAAUUACUGAGACACCUGAUGCUACUACAAAUCGUUCCCUCGGAUAAUCCACGAAGGUUACUCAGACACGGAACGUGCGCUUUCUCUAGGUUUUACUCGGCUUUUCACGAGAGCUUGUUCUCGGCCAAGUUUUUCUUAACAGCCGCUCUCCAUAAUCCUAUCGUACAAUUAUUAAUGGAGGAUGAGAUGUUCCUUGACAUCGACCCCGACAAAGCACCGGUAAGGUUUCCUCCUUCGGAGAGGUUGAAGAAGUUUGGAAAGGAAGGUACUCCCGAGUACGAGUCGAAAUUGCAGUGUUACAGACUCUGGACAAUUAAUUCUUUGUGUCAGAUCACGCAAAGAUUUAUAGUCAGUAUACGAGAAAAUAUGCAUUGCUUUCCUAGCAGCGUAUGUUGGCUGGUUAAACAGAUGGCAGGGCUAUUGAGGAAAAAUGGGAACAUUGAUCGAAAGGAAGUGCACGCGAUGUGCACCGAUUUGGUUUUUACAUACUUUAUAUGCCCUGCGAUAGUAAAUCCAGAACCAUACGGUAUCACCGAUGCGCCUAUCAGCUACGUCGCCAGAUUCAAUUUGAUGCAAGUCGGACAAAUUCUUCAGAUGCUUUCUCUCAUGAAGUAUCAAACGGUUGAUAGUAAAACGUUCGAUCUUUACAAGAGAUUCAACAAAGAUUCCGUUUCUUCUAUAAUAGAUGCUAUGGUGGAGGGUGCGACGGAAGAACUCGAGGACGAGCCUAAUGCUAUCGACAAUAAUAAGCUUCAGGGCCUCUCCCGAUCAGCCGCAUUAUUCACGGAAACUGAAUUGAAUACAUUGAUCACGUUUUUGCAAGCUAUCGCUACAGAAACUUGUGUAGAAAACGCUUCGCGAUCCAACGCCUUUGAUACGAAACAAUUACUCGAAAUGCUGUCCCAGUUACCUACUGGCUCUUUGACCAGCAAUAAGCUGGCUAAUAACGUCUCUGUUGAAAGUUCCAACAAACGAGGCGGUUUGCUAGGAAAAGGAAAAAAUCGAGGAGUACGAGUAUCGUCAUCGUCAUCUUCCUAUUCAUCGAAUGCUACCAAUGAUGGAGGAGAUGAAAUGAACGGUACGUCUACCCCUGAAGAAGAAUCGUCUGUCGACAAAAAUCCUCAGGAUGUUCUCGUCAUUCCGUUUGGACCAAGUACCGGUGAAUUUGUAGGGCUUCUUAGCGAACAAAAAGUGUUAUGUACCGAACUUCAAGUCAGUAUGGAGAAUGGGUCUGUUGACAUAAAUCUUCCGAACGACAUGUCCAAUGUACACGUUAGACGAGAAAGUUGUAACGGAAGUGGCGGUGGCAGUGGUCGUGGUAGCGGUGGAGGUGGAGGUGGUGGAGGUGGCGAACGAAUAGAAAUUCAGGAAAAAAAGACCCGAUUUUCGUUGUCCCACGAUGAAGUUCUGUUUGAAGGUUUCAUCGGAAACACUUCAGAUAAUUUGGAAGCCGUUUCGGAAGCUGCUUCGAAUCACAGUGUCGCUUCGUCUCUUGAAUUAGAAACGGAAGAUCAAAACGACAAUCUAUCGGAUAUGGUGUCCGCCAGCGUUUCGGGACGAGGAACGCCCAAUAUAUCAGGUCGUGACACACCGUCGUCUCAGAUUACCGAAGGAGACGAAGGACGAGCAGCUGGUGAAGCACGACAAUUGGAUCUACCUCCGUCGAAUAUGCCGACAAAGCAAAGUCGUUCCGAGAUAGAUGACAAAUUUUGCAAAUUUGAAAUCAAAAAGCUGAUAGAAGGAGAUGAAACUGUAUCGAUGGUGUCUGAUACGUGGUCCACGGAUGUGUUAGCCUCGGAUAGUGAAAUAGUCGAGCAACAGGAAAAGAUAGUUUAUUCUACUCCAGCCGAGCAAGCGGCUCCGGUUCUCUCAACAACCUCCGAAUCGAUGCCGCAAGCUGUUUUAGACGUUAGCGAAACCGCAUCCGAAGCAUGGAGUACCGACGUGUUGGCCAGUGAUUCCGAAAGAUUAACGGAAGUGGAUACUGACGACACUGCCAGCGUCGCGAGAUCCGACGAUACAGCGAGGUCCGAGAUCGAAGUUGAAGCGCGCAGCGAAGCGGAGGCAACUGACGAAACAUUGACGCAAAACAUUCCUCAAAGCACAACAUCGACCGAUUGCACGUCGGCAAGCUAUCAAUCGGCGUCGUCUCAGCAAGAGGUCGCAAUACAAUUUCCUGCAAACGUUUCUUUGUCGCCGACUCCUCUGUCUUCCUCGGUGUCCUUCUCGGCUAUAACUGCACAGAGCAACAAGUCCAAUUGUCAUGGUAUCGCGACAGAAUAUGUAGAUAAGAACGCAAACAACAUCGGCAUCGCUGCAGAUUAUAACAAACAAUUACGGGAGGAUGGAUUGGUUCAUCUAAUAGACAAGCUUCAUAUAGAGAAUGGAAAGGGACAGAUGGAACGGCAAGCCUCGACUCAUAAUCGCAUCGGAGCCGCUGCUGUUGCACCGGCAUUGCUCUUGGCUAAUCAUAUUUCACCGCCUAUUUUAUCGAAUAGCAAAAAAUUGUCAAACAUCAACUCAAAGCAAGAGAAACUAGAAGGGAGCAGUGUUGGCUCGAUGGGUGAAACCAUUAACGAAAGCUGCGUGGAUGGCGUUGUUGGAUUCAGUACCGGCAGCUUAACUUCCAGCAGUAGUUCUGGUUCGGAAUCCCGAGCGAAAAAUGUGAAUUCAGAAUUACCGUUAUCGGCCGGCACGUUGGUAGGUGAAAACUGCUGCGACGCGAUCGACGGUGACGGAAACGAUCCUCCAAAGCCGACCGCGUCUAGCGGUGCGAUACCGAAAAGUAUUAGCUUCGAUAUGACUGCGGAACGUGGAGACAAAGAAUUGUUGGACGAUGACCAGAAGAAUAAGCGAAGUUUCUUCGGUAAAUUGAAGAUGUCUCUGAGAAAUCGGCGAGGAAAGACGAUUCGCGGUACGGAGGAUAUUGGCAGAUGUUACGAUCGGGAAAGCACCGGAGAUAACGUUGAUGUAGGGCGGCACAGAUUACGUAGAAUUAUGUCGGAAGAUGUAACGUCGACGAGUAAUGUAGCUGACAGUACGGACGACAUCCUGGCUAAAUAUAGGAGAAAACCGAGCGCGGCUAGCGAUACAGCAUCCAUAGAGAGCAAUCAAUCUCGUACAAAGGAAUCGACGGAAGACGAGAGACUUCUUAUAGAUCCGAAUAAUAUCGAACUGUCGUACGCGUUUGCUGAUGCGAAAAGAAAAUUGCGAAUGGUACUGAGUACCGCUGAUCUUCAGCAUAUCCCUUGGAGUGCUACGUCCGAGCGAAAUUUUUGGCCGCAAAAGGAGAACGAAUUGGUUGCCUUCUUACAAUUACAGUUGGCAGAAGCUAUCAAUUUACAAGACAGAUCGUUGAUAGCUCACUUACACGAAACGCUGCGUUGCGUUCGAUUAUUCAACGAUGACGGAUGUAGGAAAUUGUUCAAGUCGUUGCGCGAAGAUUAUCAGAAACGAUCACCUUACAUCGCGUAUUUAAUUCGAUGUCGACAGGGAUUACUUUCUACGUUGGCUCAUUUGGAUAGAUUGUGCGUUAGAGUGAAAUGCGACCGUGACGCGGUCAACAAUCACCUCGUGUCCGUUUGUGUAAGAGUAUUUCUAGAGAAAAGGGAAUCGCUUCUUCUACGUUUUUGCGACGAAUUCAAGAAGCUAACAUUAGCCGAUGAAAAGCAAGACUUGGUCGAUAAUUUCUUGAGCAAAGUGCAUGCGAAAAUGGACAACGAUCCAAUUUGGCAAUGUGCGAGUGAAAAUCAAUUGACAUUGGCAAGAGUUGUGGUGGAAAGGACCGUAAUGGCCCGUGUAUAUCAUAACGCGCUUUAUCCAAACGGAGACGGAGACCUGUACAGGGACCAAUUGCUUCAUGAUCAUAUUAGAAAAUUGGCCAAAGUUGUUACACCAAAUCAUAAAGAUUUGCGGAUUCCCAAGAUAUAUCAUUACGAAUGUCCCUGGCCAUGGGCUCAAGCGGAACUGGCUGUGAUAUCAGCGUAUAAAACUCCUAGAGAUAAGUUGCAAUGUGUUUUUCGUUGCGCUACCACCAUUAUGAAUCUACUUUCAAUGGCAACGGAAAGGGGAAUACCCGCGGCCGAUGAUUUAAUUCCUGUCCUGGUUUACGUGAUUAUAAAGACUAAUCCGCCGUCCUUACUUUCAACUAUACAGUAUGUGGAUAGUUUUUAUGGAAACCGAUUGGAAGGAGAAGAACAAUAUUGGUGGACGCAAUUUUGUUCUGCUAUUGAAUUUAUAAAGACUAUGGAUUAAAUAUCGUAUCUAGUAACAAGAUAUUGCUGUAUCUGUAGGCAUAGUGUAUCAUAAUUUUCAUUGUCACUGUCGUUAUUACGACCGUCAUGAUUAUCAUUACUGUAUUUUUGUAUGAUACUGUAUUCUUUUGGACACAUUGUCGCGUUAGAUUUCGCGUCUCUUUCAUUAAUCUUCAAUUACGAGUCGGAAUAAAAGCAAUAGCGCUGCUUGCAAACUCUGAAUUUGAAGCUGUAAAGAAAUAGAAAGUACGUUACGUCGUUUAUCGUU